GCUAAUUUUCCGAUAAAACAUUUUUCAAUUUGGUGGCCUCCAUUUUUCCCAGUAUUUAAAAAAAAUCAACACUUUUUCUGUCACCCAGACGUUUGUAAUUUUCUGUGACAGAGUAAAACAUGCGUCGUGUACUAUUUAGUUCUGAGCCAUCUGAGAAAGAAUUCUUUGAAGAAUAUAACAAAUUCAAUGGUGCAACUCCGUGGUUUAUCCUAAUUUUCAUACUCAGAAGUCUUAUUCCAUUGUGUUUAGCAUUACAGACAGGUACAUUUGAAUUUUCGGAUAGUAUUGAUCUGUAUGUGGAACGUUUUUCGAUACCUUACAAUAGAACGGAUAAUUUUAUUUUUCAAUCUAGCUGCGCUAUAAAAAGCAAGGAAAAUGAAACCGGGCACGAGUGUGCUCUACAAGACUGCACUCAAAGGGAUAUUGCUUUGAAAAUGUCUUUAUUGAAAAGCAUUGGUUUUAGUUUGGGACCAGUUUUUGGGGGAGUUUUUUCUGAUGUAUUUGGAAGAAGAAUCGUUUCUUUGUCUUUUUCUGUUAUUUGGUUCCUAUCAUCUCUAGUUAUAGCCUUGGUAAAUAAUAAAUUGUUGGUCGAAAUAUUUUAUAGUAUAACUGUUGCAAGUGCAAAUAUUGUCAACGUUGUUACUUUUGUCACAUUUGCAGAAAUUGCCAACAGGAAAAGUCGAUUUCUCGUUGUCUAUACUAUCAUGACGAUAAUUUUAGGAAGUUUCAUGUCAAUAUCUUUUGCUAAAUUAUUCACAGUUUGGAAAUAUUUCUCUACAUUCGUUUCGUCGAUAAAUGUUUUGAUAAUUUUUGCGUGUUGGUACAUACCUGAAUCUCCCAGAUGGUUACUUAAUAAAAAUAAGCAACGAAAAGUUUAUGAUCAGUUAAAUGACGUGUCUGGUCUGAUCUACACCGUACAAGUGAGAAAUGGUGCAGAGACUGCAAUGAAAAUUGAAAUAUUACGUCGCAUGUUUUUGUUUCUAUUUAAAAGUAAAAUGAAGUAUUUUCUACUGAUUUCUUGGUCGAUGAUCAUUUCGUCAUUUUUGUACAACUGUUCGAAGAUGAAAGCCCUUUUAAAUUUUGUUAACAGUGGUGAUUAUGGUGUUUUAGCAAAUGUGGCGGAAAUAAUGGGUUACCUGUUUCUUCUUCCAAUUUAUAUUUUUUUAGGAAAACGUUUCGGUUUGCUGUUUUUGUAUAUUUUGGUAGCGAUCCAAUCCUUAUUUGCCAUGUUUCUUGCCACAACUGAAGAGAUUUAUCAUGUAGCAUUUGGCAUACUUUUUGGAACAUGUACUGUUUGCUUAAACUUGUUAUAUUGUCUCGAUUUAUUUCCUACAUUUUUGAGGGGAACCAUGAUGGGGCUAAAUUUUUGCGUUUUUGGCUUAACGAUGGUUGUUACAACUUUUUUUGCAAAAGUAGAUCUUUUCGCCCCAGAGGAUGAGAGGAAACUGAACAAUAUGUACUACUAUGUAAUAUUUUUGUGUGGAGGAAUAUUUGGACUUUCGGUCUUUUUGUUGCCUGAAACUGCCAAUCAAGAAUUGCCAAACUUUAAACUCUACGAAUAAAAAUGUCUGAGUUUUUUUUAA